GGCGGGGAUUAGUGCACAGACUACGCUGUGUUUACUUCCGUCAAUAUUUACUGCACAACGGGUGAGUGAGCUGCAAAUGCUGACGGACUGCACGCAAAAACGAGGCGAAACAGCUGAUUAAGGUGACAUGCCUUUUCUAGGCAAAGACUGGCGGUCGACCGGGUGGGUCUGGACAAGAACAGAACACGGCUGGAGAAGGGUCAUCUGCUAUGGACACGAGUUAGACGACAACAAAGAUUUGGACAUCAAACAGUUCUGCUGUGCCAACAAAGAAAAUGUGUUUGUCGACAGCCUGUGUCAGCUCACAACCACAAAGAGAAAGAAGGACUUCAACAACCAUAAAACCAGAUCUCAGUUUGUUUUCACAGACAAGUGGGUUUGCGUGCAGAAAGGCAGCACCAAGGAACGACAUGGAUACUGCACGCUUGGUGAGGCGCUCAACCGUCUUGACUUCUCCUGUGCAAUUGAGGACUUGAGUAGGUUCAACUACGUUGCCAAAAUUCUGAUGCUAAUAGCGAGGUGUGAGCUGACGUCCCUGAGCGGCGCUGCCCAGAAAAACUAUUUUAAUAUACUGGAGAAGAUUGUACACAAAGUCUUUGAAGACCACUACAAUCCUCGGAGCGUCAGGGAAAUACUCCAGGAGCUGGUCACGGCGAUGCAGAAUCUGACCGUUCAAGUCGGCCGCUGCGCGCUGGUGGGAAACACAACCACCUGGAUGUGUCGGCAGCAGACGGUUCUGAAAUGGCUUCAACAACUCAGCAACCUGCAGAUUCCUAAAGAAGUGCAUGCUGGAAUGCCGCUGAGCCAAUUACCGCUACACACACAAGCGAAAAUCCUCAGUAAGUUAUCUGAUGUCCGGGACGUGGUCAACCUGGGAAGAGUCUCGCCCAGUCUGCACAUGCUCAGCGAGAGCCCCGGCGUGUGGAAGAGGCUCUGUCACUUUCACUUCUCUGGCAGAGAGGUCUGUGGGAAUCUGGUGCUGACGCAGAGCGAUAAGGUGGACUGGAAACGGAUGUAUUUGACCCUGCGCAGACAUUAUCCCAUCAGGGAACAGUACAGUGACACGCUGUACUUCUGCAAUCACUGCAGAGUCGUCUUCUGGCAGGAUCACGACUUGGCUGUUUUAUUCAAGGACAGUGGACACCCUUGUACUAUCACCUCGGGCGACCGCAUGGUCCCCAUUUCACCUCAGAGUUUCAUCGACCUCUUCAAGUUCUAGGUUUAACUCAGCUUUAGCUAUUUGUGUUCGGGUGUGCAUGAUGAUGUUUACAUCCCAAAACAAAAGGGCUUUUACCGACCUCUAGUAUAUUUUUUCCGAACACAAAACUACUUACAGCCCAAAAGCCUGUGUUUAUUGUUUCAACUGGUGGAUUAGAGAAAAUAACCCUCAAGUUUUUCUGAGCCAGUGUGACUCUUAAAAACAAGUGAGCUGCUUUAGCGUUCAGCUUGAAAAGCAGCUCACAACACACCUCCACCACAGCUCCUCCUGAACAACAGUGAUUCACGCAACAUUAGAAACCAAGAAACGCCGAGAGUUCUGCCAUUUUUGCACAAGUAUUUAGGUGAAAAGUACUGUACCUCUCCUCAUGUAUUGAGUCUUCGGUAUUACUACAGGUUAAUAUUUAGUGUUGGGGGGUGGGAGAGGGUGAUGUUUUCUGCAAUAACUGGUCGCAUGUGAACUAUAGUAUUGUUGUGCUCCGCUCUUCUUCUCCAUCGUCAUGACGUUUUUGGGGGACAGACAGAUGCACAGUGACCCUCAACAUGUGAAGACCGUCUCAUGGUGUUAACAUUGUAUACCUCAGUGUUUACGUGUCAUAUGAAUGGGAUUUUUAUAGUCGACUUUUCUAAUGUCUAACAUUUUAAAGGAUAAAGUGUCAUUAAAUUAUGGAAUUGCA